AUGUUUCUGAAAACGCUCGUCCGAGCCGGCCUUGCACUAUUAGUUGGCGCAUCCAUAACUUGCGCUGUCUCUGUUGUGGAGGACGGUCUUGACACUUCAGAAGCAGGGCACAUCGAGAUUCGAUCUAAGAUUCACAAUGCAACUGGCAUUCGCUAUGUUAAGAACUCAGGCAUAUGUGAAACGACUCCAGGUGUUACGCAAAUUUCUGGUUACAUUGACGUUGGAACAAACAUGUCCAUGUGGUUUUGGUUCUUUGAGUCUAGAAACUCCCCUGAAACAGCCCCAUUUGCUCUAUGGUUGAAUGGCGGGCCUGGAUGUUCUUCUAUGAUUGGAUUGUUUCAAGAAAACGGGCCAUGCUUGGUGAAUGCCGAUCGUAAUUCGACCACUCUUAACCCCUACAGCUGGAAUACUAUCAGCAACAUUAUCUACAUCGACCAGCCAAUCGGAACCGGAUUUUCCUAUGGUACCGAUACAGUAAACAGCACAGAAGCCGCCGCGCCCUUUGUAUGGACUGCAUUCCAGGUUUUGUUUGAAAGCCAGCUAUUUUCGAAGUAUGCCAGCCGAGAAUUCAUAUUUGGCACAGAAAGCUAUGGUGGUCACUAUGGGCCCAGUUUUGUGACCUACUUUGAAGAGCAAAAUGCCUUAAUCGCUAGCAGGGCGAUUAAUGCCGUUCCAGUUGUUGUCAGCGCUCUGAUGAUCAACAAUGGCUGGUACGAUCCACUGAUUCAGAACAUCGCAUACCUAAACUUUGUGACCUAUGCCCCUGGCUAUGGACAACUCCAGCCAGAUGACGUACUCAAGAACAUUUCGGAUGCCCUCUACGGCCCCGAUGGUUGCGUAGCACAAGAGGAAGCCUGUUACGCUGCUGGAAAUUCCACCAGCUCAAACAAGAUUUGUCGGAAGGCUGAUAAUUACUGCAUCGACAAUGUCUUCGUCCCUGCCGCGGGCAAUUACGACAGCUAUGAUAUCCGUCAAAAUUCGUCCUCUUUAUUCCCCCCUGAAUACUACAUGCAUUAUUUGCGCAAGAAGCAUGUCAUGAAGAAGAUCGGUGCUCAGGUCAAAUACGAGGAAUGCCCAGAUGCACCCUAUCAGUUGUUUGUAAAGACAGGCGACGACGCUAGGACAUGGCUGCCCCAGCUAUCGGCUUUGGUGAACUCUGGGAUGAAGAUUUUGAUCUGGGCUGGAGAUACUGAUAUGAAUUGCAACUGGCUUGGGGGUCAUGCGUCAGUCCUAGCAAUGGAUUGGUAUGGCAAUGAGACGCUUCACAAUACCCCAUUCACCAAUAUGACGAUUAAUGGCACGCCUGUGGCUGCCGUGCAGAACGUCGACAACUUCUCCUUCGCACGGGUGUAUGAAGCUGGACACGAAGUGGCCGCCUUCCAGCCCCAAGCAGCUUUGGAGAUUUUCUCGCAAGUUGUUCGGGGGGAACAACUUCACUCCGUCUAAGGAAUAAAUCUAGGUGGCGCAUAUCGUGGCGGGGCAUGUUGGUCUGGCCAAAGUUGCCUUCUCGCGUUUUAGCAGGGGCAAACUCUCAUCCUAAGACCUUUAUCGAAGCGGAACCAAAUUUCGAAAUCUUGCCUACAUAACGACGCUUACCUAUCAAUGUAUUUAUGUAGGGAACUGUU